CUGCCACUGGCUGGAAAGAAAACGCGCAUGCGUGAUCACGAAGCGGAGUUUCUGAUGAAAUCGGCCACCGGAGCGACAGACGUACUCACGGAGCGGCACAGCGGCUGUACGGACACACAGAGCAGUAUUACCGGCGGGAGCACCAAAAAUCUACCGACGUCCGAAGAAGGAGCCGCUUUUCGCUGGUGUAGACUCAGAUAUUUGACGUAUCCUCUCCCUGAGUAAGCAACCGCCUGUCAGUUAGCUGGCCGUGCUAAAGCUAACGCGCCUAACGAAGCUGCAGUUCCCGGUGGGCUCUCCGCCGCCGCAGGAUCCUAACGGAGGAUAAAACGCGGAAGAAUGGCUCGUAUCGCCUCCCCGGAACGGAAUUUGUACUCGUUUCACGGCUCCGUUGUUGGCUCCCCGUCAGAAGAAGGUCCAGGCUCCGGCUCCACACGACAGAAGUCUAACCACCACUCCCAACGAAACGCCAGCUGUGCCGGAGUUAUGAGAGACAUUUCCUGGAUUCCGUGUGCUUCUGGUGGCCGGUUCUGGCGUCUGUCAGUUUAGAGAGUAUGUGUCAGGCAUUUGGACUGGGCGCUUCGGUGUGACAGCUGUGUGUCAACCCUCACGGCGGCUCCUUGGAGUCCCUCUUUACCUCCGGACCGAACAUGUUCCGGAGCCUGAACCCUGACGGGCCGCAGAGCUCUGCCUCCCCCGCCGGGCCCGGGCUCUCCUCGAUGGUACUGGACAGCCAGGAAAGCUCGUGGAUCGGCCAGCUGUCCCGGCCUGCGCUGUCCCUUCUUCAGAAACUCGUUCCGGUUCGGCUCCGGUCCUCUGCUCUGGUUGAGUCUGGUUCCGGCUGGUUCGGUGGGGAGUCCAGAAGCUUUGUUGUUCCGGAAGAAAACGAGUUUUUAAGAAAAUUGACUGACCUGAUGCCGCUCGCGCAGCACGCGCCUCCUCACCUGUCAUACCUCCAGUGUCAUCAUGACGGGCCCGGUCUGGUGGAGCGUGGGGGCGCUAUGGGUCCUCAUUGGUUCACCCCCGAAUCUCUGUUGGAACCUGAUCGUCCCGGGGGGGACAGACAGUCUCAGACAGUCCUCUCUUCUGUCAGAACUUUUCUAAACCAGGUUCUGUUGACCUCUCAGGAACUGAGGCCCGGUGGGGGCAUGGAGGGUCCAUCAGAGCCGGUAAGCCCCGCUUUGAGGAGUAGGCCAUGGUGGGACAGUCUUCUUCAGGAUGAGGAAAAGUCCCAUGGGGGGCUAUGGUCAGAGAAGUCCUGGCAUGAGGAGGGGGCAGAGGCCAGCCAGCUUUGUCUUUCCCCAUCAGCUGAGACAAAGCCCCACCUGUUUGACCACUACAGCUGCAGAGAGUGGAUGCUGGGAGAAAACACUGGACCCCCCUACCACAAAGAAGAGCUAACCCAUAAUGGAGGCUUUUGUAUAGUCCAGAACCCAGAGGGGUCUGCAGCAGGCUGGCAGCGCUGCAUCAAGCCCUUCCCCAACAGAGUUAAUGGCUGCUCCAGUUUGGAGGAGGAAUACUCCCAAAGCCCCCCCCAAUACCUGGUCAGGGUGUCCGAGGAUACAGCUGAGGAGCAGCCUCUGGUUGACACCCCUGAGAGUGCUACAGCUGUCACUGAGAUGGAGGAGUCCUCCUCAGCAGAGGAUAAGGAGGAAAAACAAGUGUGCUCUGAAGAGGAGCAGUCUGGAGGGACGACAGAACCCUCUGCCCCCCAGUGCCAGAACAAAGCCAUUGCCUUCAUCAUGGGCUGCCCCUGCAGCGACGAUGACAGCAGCCAAUCAGACGAGUCCAGCGAUGAAGACGAUGAUGGCUUUGACAGUGAGGGCUCGUCUGACGUCUCCAACUCCUCUGAUGAUGAAGAAGAGGAGGGUGAGGACGAAGACUCUGAUAGCGAGCCUGAUUCAGAUUCCGAGCAACUGUGGACCUCCAUGUGCCAAAUUGCUGACCCCUAUAACCCCCGGAACUUCACCGCUUGCCUGCACACAGGCAGAAGCCAGCCUCAGCCCAUCCAUACACCCACACCCCCCUCCUCCACCCAGUCCAGCCCUGAACCUUCCCCUGACCUCACUACCCUUGUCCCGCCCUCCAACCUGGACUCGUGGGACGAGUCUACAUCAGCGAGUGAAGUGGAUGAAGCUGAGAGCCUACGCCUGCUCGGCUCCUUUAGCUGCUCUUCAGACCCUUUCAGCCUUUUGAACUUCCAGGCCCCGCUCAGGACUCGAAGGCCCACUGGGGCCCCCCACAAAGUCAAAGCCAAGAAACCCUCUGAGUCCAAGCCCCAUCCAGAUCCCUUCACUCCAGCAUCUCCACCUGAGUACAACAAGGAGGAGGCAGAGGAGAGGAUGGACAGCGGCUUCUCCGAGCGAUCUGGCUCCUCCAAGUCUCCAAGCUGCAGGAGCUCCAAGAAGGUCCGGUUCUGUGACACUGUAGAGGAGUUCUUCGCCAGCUGUGAGGAGGAGGGGGAGGAGGACCGGCAGGGUCCGUGGGAGCAGAUGGCCCGGGACCGCUGUCGCUUUCUGCGGCGCUGCCAGGAGGUGGAGCAACAGAUCGCGUACUGCCUGCAGCCACAGCACCGACUCCGGGUUUACCAGCGCCUGAAGGACAGCUGAGAGACGCCAUGCAGGGGGCGCUCCCCCUUUCUCGGACCCUCUGCUGAGCUUUGUUUUGAUUUAGACUCACAACGACUUACCUUAUGGCAGUGAAGAUGUCGCCCAGGUGUGCACUCACCUGUCUCUCACAGCUGCUGUUUUUAUCCAUCCUUUUUUCAGAAAAACAGAUCAACUCAAAUAUUUUUCUCUAAGAGUUCAAAUGUUCCCGCAGACACUUCCUGUCAGAUAGCCGCAGGAACGAGCGACGACGGUAAAGGAAUCUGGACUCUGUGUUUGUGUUGUGCAGAUGAACUGUUUCAAGUGUUUGUGUCGCUGUCAUCUGUGGGGGUCCAUGAGGUGGAUGUUCAGGAGGGGGCGCUCUGACUCCACCCUAAAGCUACAACCCAGAAAGUCAGCAGUUUCAGAAGGACGUGUCAGUACCUGAAUUUACCUGUGGGGCAGUUCGACUGAAAAAUGAAGUAUUUGUGGUGAGCUCAGGUGCUUCAGUAUUUAUCAGACAUGACCGUGCUCUCGUUGAUCCAGACGUGUUCGGAUGCAGCCCGAUUAGUCUGCCGUGUUUGAUAAAUGAACGUGAUCUGUGUUAUGAUUUUUAUUAAAAACCAAAGUGAGUGACUCCUUUGAUAACAGCUGUGUGACUCUAACAAUGAAGGCCAAUUUGUUUGCAGAUUAGAUCUUGUGGGAGGAGAGCUGCAGUGGCAUUUCUCAAUCUCAGAAUUCGGUUCAAAGGGAGCUUUUUAUUUUUGUAUCAUUCGGUUUGUUGUCGUUCGUCCUGCUUGCUCACCUCCUCACACUUCUAUAAUUUAAUAAAAUCAGUAUCUGAUGACUUGA